UGCAUCAUGCCAAAGCAUCAGUAUCUUUUACUUCUAAAUUGUAAUUGAUUAAAAUGUUUUAUUUACGCAACUAAGUUCCAAUUAGGCAUUUAGGGCCUGUUCGAGGAACGUAAUAAAAACGGAAAUACUGCAGCACUGAUCAAAAUUUGCAAUACUGUUGCAACUUAACUUCCCAACUGAUAAAACGUAGCUAGAAAUUCACACCGAACGUGAUACUUUAAUAAUAAUUCGUGCAACACUGCGGUUGUGAUUGCAUCUCGAUUGCAAGCUCUUAACCGUGUUUGCGCCUAUUGUGGCUCGGAAGUCUUAAGGAGUUUUUGUAUGUCGUUUUUGAUGAGAUAAUACGAUUCUUCAGCUGCACAGUCAUGGUACAGACAAAUAUUCUUCUGGCAAAAAAGCGUUUGCAUGCGGGCGGUAUCUGGUCGCAGGAUUUUUCAUUCAAGCUUUGGAAGUGUGAAAUUCCCUUACGGGAAAUUUAGAAAAAUUCGCAGCAGCCGUGCCAUUCGCACGGGUCUAACACGGAUCUUGUCAUAACAAGCGAGUGGGAAGGAUUAGAUUCAUUUGAAUGGGAUCCCUCGGGAACACACCUAUUCCGGUCCGACUGAUAAGCCAAAAGCCCUUCUGAGAGGACAUCUUACAAAAGCCCUUCUGGAAACUCUUCUAUGGGCAACAAAAUCCGAAACCCUUCAGUACAGGAAUGCAGAGUGGAAGGCUUCUUGACUCUCAAGAAGGCCUUUUGGCGGGGAUUUUAGCUGCUGCAUUUAUCUACUGGGAGUGGUUCUAGCGAGAUCGUUCAACGUGCCACACAGCGCACGCCACAACGGCCAUUCUACGUAAACGAUUUAACGGUUGGGUUAACUUCCACGCCAUCAUUAUCCGAUAGAGUGGUUGAAAAUUGACGCACUGGGAUCCGUGACACCAUGCGAAGCCGCGAGGGACGUUUCAACCACGCUGCAUAACACAUAGAAUAAGAUAAAAGAGACAGGCAUACGCGGUUUUGUACUUUAGAUGACGUCUUGCUCCACUCGUUGACAAGAGCUCUUUUAUUUUAGUUGAGAUCAAGGGUAAGUAAGCCUCUAGCAACUGGGAAGUCUGAUCGAAUUUUGGGUACUCGUCGGCUAAUAAAUUGUAUGCGAUUGAAAUUCACCGUGAAACCGACUGCUGAAACUCGAUUUUGAAUUCAACAUUUUCACUGCAUAAUUUCAGGCGCAAUAUUUUUUGGCAAUUGAUUUUGUGAACACACUGUACCUAUUUGUUUUUCCUUUAUUUAUUUUGUUGACGAAAUGCCUAAAGAAAUUUAAUGUACAUACAUUUUUACAAUCGAAAAACAAAUAAAAAUAUAUGUAAGUAAAUCCGAAAAAUUGCAAGCAAGAACUGUGUAAUCAACUAUUAACCAUUCAAAAUUUCUUGUAUAACUAAUGAGUGCAAAAGUUGGACCUCUUUCACGCCUAUAUAAUGGUAUAAUUGGAAUGGCAGAUAAAUUCGUACCAGGCCGUUGGCGUCCACUUUGGGAGCAUCCAGCAGGUCCAAAAACGAUAUUUUUCUGGGCGCCAUUGGGUAAAUGGGCUCUCGUCAUCGCUGGACUUGGAGACAUAGUAAAUCGUCCUGCACAUUUACUGUCAAUCAAUCAAUGCGCGGUCUUAGCUACAACUGGCCUAAUUUGGUCCCGUUACUCACUGGUCAUUAUUCCAAAAAAUUGGUCAUUAUUUUCAGUAAAUAUUUUUGUCGCAGCUACUCAAGCAUAUCAAAUUGCACGUGCUUGGCAAUACCAACAAAGUUUGAAAAAUAAAACUGAUUAAAAACCAUAUGGAAUUCAGUAAAAUCAGGAACGUCAAUCGAAUAAAAAAUUUGGCCAGUUCCGUUACAAACGGUUUU